AGGAGCGCGUGCGUUAAAUGCGUUAGCAAUUAUACAGCUAUUUAGCCAUAAAUAUACAACUGUUUACGCUUUAAAGUAAUUCUGCACAGAUAUAUUUUACAAGGCAGUUAGGUAACCAGGAUGUCAUCAUAUGUCAAGCUGUUUAGAAGAGCCUAACGUUCAUUUGAGCCCCUUAGCCUUUGAGAGCUAACAUUAGCUUAGCAAACUAUCUUAGCUUAUGGUAAAAGUAGCUGGAGCAAGUGUUUAGUGCUAGUUAGCGGUUAUGAAAUACAGCUAACGUUAGUCGCUAUGCGGUCCUUAAACUACGUUCAACGUGUCAGUUUGGAUUUUACAGGAACUUUGUUUCCUCACGCUAUCUGUCUGGGAGACGCAGACAACGACUCGUUGAACGAGCUGGUCGUGGGGGACACCAGUGGAAAGCUGCUUGUGUACAAGAAUGAUGACUCCAAACCCUGGAUCACAAGAACCUGUGUGGGCAUGCUGACGUGUGUUGCGGUUGGCGACGUCUGCAACAAAGGAAAGAACUUCGUGGUAGCUGUCGGUGCAGAGGGCUGGUUUCACCUCUUCGACCUGACAGCUGCCACUGCGAAUAAAGCAGAUUCAUCCAGUCAGCAUGAAUUCAUGUCCUUUGAUGACCAGAAGCCCCUCUUCACCCAGCAUAUUCCUGCCAACACCAAAGUCCUCCUCAUUAGUGAUAUCGAUGGCGAUGGCCGCAGUGAGCUGGUGGUGGGCUACACAGACCGAGUGGUGCGAGCUUUCCGUUGGGAGGAGCCGUCCGACAAUUCAGACCUGGGAUCCGGACAGCUGGUCCUGCUGAAGAAAUGGCUUCUGGAGGGGCAGGUGGAUAGUUUGUCAGUGAACCCGGGUCCAGAGGGUUUACCCGAGCUGAUGGUGUCUCAGCCAGGCUGCGGCUACGCUAUCCUGCUGUGUUCCUGGACACAACAGGACUCCAGUGGCUCUGGAGAGGAGGCCCCUGCCACCCCUGGGAGUGAAGGACCUUCCAGAGAUGUAGUUCUCCAUCUGACCACCGGGCGGAUACAUAACAAGAAUGUUUCCACUCAUCUCAUUGGCAGCAUAAGCAAAGGUUCAAAAGAGGAAUCCUCUAAAUGUGGCCUGUUCGCUCUCUGUACUUUAGAUGGUACCCUGAAGUUGAUGGACAGCUCAGAGCAGCUGCUGUGGUCCGUCCAGGUGGAUCAUCAACUCUUUGCGCUGCAGAAGCUCGACGUUACUGGAGACGGCAGAGAGGAAGUGGUCGCGUGCGCCUGGGACGGUCAAACCUACAUCAUCGACCACAAUCGGACAGUAGUGCGUUUCCAGUUCGAUGAGAACGUCAACGCCUUCUGUGCGGGUCAGUAUACAUGUAAGGAAGGCAAGAACAGCCCCUGUCUGGUUUAUGUGAGCUUCAGUCACAAAAUCUACAUCUACUGGAAGGUGGAGCUGGAGCGCAUGGAGUCCACGAACCUGUUGCGGGUCCUGGAGGAGAAACCUGAGUUCAAGAGCCACCUGAAGGUGCUGGGAGUCGAUACUGAGGACCCAGCAGCAGUGAGAGCAGUGGUGGCAAAUGUCCUCUACAAGGAUUCACAGUGACACACAUCAACACAGCAUCUCUGCCCCCCCCCCCCCCCCUGACUGUAAAUACUCUGUUAAUAAACACUGAAUGUCUG